AUGAAAGCUCUGAUAAAAUCUCACCGCAGAUCAGCGUCGCUUGAUAGCAGUCCCACGAAAUCGCCACGAGCUCGGGACUCACAAAGGACGAUUAAUGAGCCUAGCUCUCCUGCCCAAUUUGGUCUGUAUUCAAGUGAGCCUUUGAGUCAUGGACCAAGGCAUUCUUCGAGCUUCGAAUCGCUCCCGAAACUGAGUAACAAGAACAAAAUAUUCACCACAAAACUGUUCAAGAAGUCAAGUAACAGCUCUUCAAACCUCUCGAAGCCGGGAACUAACUCAGGGACACCGACAAGCUAUACCUUUAAACAGUUUCCUUCUCCAGACGGAAACUCACCGAGCACCUUUGAAAGGGGACUGCAGAAAACACCUAGGGACACAAAUGUAGAGCGAUUCCCAGCCAUUAAGGGUACGAGAACACACGAGUGGGGUGAAAUAUCGGAGGGAUCUCAGUCCGUGAUUGUACUGAAUAGGAGCUCUUUGUCAUCUGAUAUGUCUUCGGAUGCGGGAGAUCCCGGGAUCUCUGCUAACGCAAGAUCUCAAAGAGAGUCGGUUUCAACGGCAGCCUCAAGUUCGGUAAGUAAUACGAGAAGAAGCAGUUAUGACUCUCAGGCGGUACCCAGCGAUGCCAUUACAAAACUGAAGGACAUCAAUGAAAUCAAAGAAAAACACCCAUAUUUUUCUCUAAGAUCUAAUUCUAAUAAAAGCAAGAAUCGACAAUUUCAAAUACACUCUCACGACGAUAUAAUAAGUUUAGGCAAGCAGUCUGGAAUCAGUCUUGAAUGUUUGUCCUCAAACUUCAAUUCCCAUAAUGGUGUCGAUAGCAGCCCGAAUUUGUCCGAACCCACUUCCCGACCAGGAUUGACUUUCGGUUCCGACAGUCAAAUGAUAGGAUUAGGACUGACUAUUGAAAAAUGUGAUUCAUUAAGAUCAAAACCAGAAUCCUCUGAGUCAUCUAUAAAUGAGCUGAAAAAUCUAAUAUUGAAUGACAGAUCGUUUGAAGAGGGUGAUGAGCUUUUUCUCACGGGGAAAACCGAGCAAGCGGAUUCAAAAGGUGAAGAGAGUUUUGAGGAUGAGGAAAAUUCUAGCGACGAAUGUUCCUCCGAUGAUUCUUCAAAAUUCUCUUUCGAAAUUAACGGAAUCAACGGAAGGACUUCCUCUGUCAAGUAUUAUUCGAAACCGCAGCCUACGAACAAUGUUUACGUUGACGAUCUUUACGAUGAUGAAGAAUUCGAUGAUGAGGUCAAUUAUUGCGAUGACGAAGAUGUUGACUUUGCUGAGGAUGACACUGUUCACCUUUUCAAUCGGAACUACUUCAAGGAUAAUAAAGAGAUCGAAACGGAGGGUUUCCCAGGAUUAGAAAACCAAAUAAGCGAUGAUAACUCAAAGUUUGAAGAACGUGCUGGCAACGUUCACAAUGUUAAACGGUAUGGUGAUAUCUGCAAAAUGUCUGACGAAGAAAGCAUUAGUAGUCAAGCUGAUUACGAGGAUUGUCCCGUAAAAAAGGUGAAUAAGGUAAGCUGCUAUGGUGACUUUUUCGACUUGAGUGAUGACGAAAAUAGCAACGCCGAAAGAAUUGAAAAUGAUGUUUUACCGUCUAAGAUAGAAGAUAGGAACUUGUCAAGAGAUAAUCACUUGCAGGGUCUUAAUUCAUAUGAAGACGUUCAAGCCACACAGCCUGAAACUGACAAACGUAUAACGAGCCGAAUAAAUCCUAAAGAGGAGGAAAUAAAUAAGAGUGAUGAAGUAUGCUCUCAGAAUUAUCUAGGACGCACUACUUCGCCUAUUUCCUUCACAGUGACAACUUGCGAUGGUAAUGUUCUGCGAUCACCAUUUGCUCACACUACUUCCCCCGCUGCCUCUGAAGCUCAGUCAAUCCCUAGCGCCCUUCUUCCACCGCGUUCUCAUUCUUUAAAAUAUCAUGACAUCAGCUCGAACCUGGAUAAUGAAGUUCCAGGUGCAAUGUCUAAUCUCUAUUUUAUCGAUGAAACCGAAGAGGAUCGUUAUAAUAAAGAAAACCAAUCAGAUGAUCACUAUUUAGAUGAAAUUAACGAUAUUCCCGAGGAUUUUUCCUUUUCUGAAGGGGAUGACGAGUACCUUCUUUCACCGUCAAAGACACCUGACCCUCGAGUUACAUCAGCAUCAUUUAAGAGAACUCAUAGUUUUUCUGAAAAACCCGUCAACGUCUUAAAAGAAAAGUCCCCUAUAAGAUACAAAUUGGAGCUGAAAAACAAAACAGUUACAUUUUUCAAUAAUCAUAUUUCGAGGUCAAUUUCUGAUUCCGCUAUGUAUAAUAUGACUCCAGAGGCUGACACAUGUUCCCUGAAAUCACCAGAAGCGGAGACUCUUCCUCUUUCGCCCUUGAAAUCCGAGCUAUCCCCCGUUACGCCAUCAAAUUCGUUUAGCAGACCCAGUCCAUAUUUUAGUCAGGGAAACUCGUUAAGCCCAAUCCAAGAAAGUAACUCUUCUGUCGAUAACUCUCCCAAGAUUGUAGUGUGA